AACCCAAUAGGUAUUAUUUAAAUAUAGUAUAAUUAUCACUGAUAAUAAUUUGUUCCGGAAAUCUGUGAAUAAACAGACGUUACAGCAUUAACUUAUAUCAAGUAAGUAGGUGGGUAAUAAUUUUGUAAUCUUAUCGUUACAGUAAAUAUACUUUUGAUAGCUCCCGCACGGAAAAAUAUUUCAUAAUUUCAGUUAUUAUAGUACCAUUGCAUGGUUUUUGAAUAAAUAUGUGCAAGUGUCGGCGUUUAAUAUUUAUUAUCGACAGGUAUAUUUAACAAAAGGUAUGAAUAUUCUAUAAUUUCAACAACCAAAUCUUUACGUGUCCAUGAAUAAGUGAUAUAGCUAUACAUAAUUGCAUACUGCCAAUAUUAGUGAAGCGAUUUGUCAAUUGCUUCACUAGUAUGGGCAAUUAAGCAUUGACAUUCGCCAAAUCUCUUUUUUUUUUCUCCAAACGCAUACAUCUGGGGAAUAGCCAGCCAGUGACAGUCGCUAUUCGUACUACUUCGUUAUCAAUUAUGUUUUGAAUAUAUUAUGAUGGUAAACUAAGUAAUGUAGUUCUCAACUAAUUCAAAGGAUUAUAGGAUCAGUAGAUAGAAUACCUAAUACAUUGAAUAUCUAUAUAAGGUAGGUAGGUACCUGUUGAAGAUUGAAAAUGGCUGCUCGAUUUACCGUUGAUGAUGAUCCCACAGAGAUCGUUCAGUUCAGCUUUUUGGACCAAGAAGGUAAACUAACAAAAUCAUCUCUCAGAUCAGCUUGUUUGCCACCAUAUCCUGCUAAGUACUAUGCAAAUGGGGUCAUAUCUCUUAUAUGUCUGGUCGUAUUUCUUUUAUGGAACUACGGAAUAAUCCCAGGUACCAAAAUGGGAUUUUAUUGCAAUGACCCCCUGUUUUCGCACAAAUACAGAGGUGACACGGUGACUUCGCUUGCUCUGUGGCUAGGUUUAACAUUAAUUGUUCCUGCCUUAUAUUACGUUAUAGAAAUAACAAGACAGAAUAAUUGUAAAAGAUUGUUCACCAUGGAAUCUUUUACGGAAUUUUAUGUGUAUUUGAAAAAUUAUACCAUUGGAUUAAUUUUGUCUGAAGGACUUACUGAAAUUGCUAAAACAAUAGUUGGUGAACAUAGACCCCAUUUUUUUGACACCUGCAGACCAGAUACAAACAUAAACUGUACCGUUGGCGAAUAUAUUAUUGACUUCACUUGCACACGUACAGAUUUGCCUUAUUUGGAUCUUGUGGAUGCUUCCAGAUCGUUUCCAAGUGGUCAUUCAUCUGGUGCUUGGUGUGGAGCUUUGUUUUGCGCAUACAUCAUCCAUUCUAGGCUUCCAAUCCACAAAACAGGUACUGCCUUGAAACUGUUCAUGUUUGCCCUAAGCAUGACAUUCGGUUUAGCAUGCUCGCUCACCAGAAUAACGGAUAGAAGGCAUCACUGGUGGGACGUUCUUACAGGAAGCAUUGUUGGAAUGCUUGGCGCUGCUUUUGUAAUCGCAUUGACUCGUAGACAAGUUAGAUUGUUAAGGAAAAAGCUGUCGGACGAAGAGAGCGAUAGAAAAAAUAAGACGGAGUAUAUUGGAGUGUGAUUUAUCGUUUAUUUUUAAUGAGAUGUUAUUGAGAUGUUUGGGAAAAAAAAAAAUUGUUAGUAAUACCAUUACCUUUUCAAUUUCUGAGAACGCUGAACGUGCGAUUUAGGAAUUUAAUUCAAUGUAGAUCAGAGAAACAUAAUGUCCAGUAACAUAUACAAAAACAGAUACUUAAUUGUUUAUUAGUGCAAAGUAAUACUUUGUCGCUUGUCGACAAAAUUACUGCAAUUUCCUGAUAGCGAAAAAUUCAAUUUGGGCUCGACUCACGCACAAAAACCGUUUAUAGAUAAUACCAUUUUAAACUGUCCUAAUGAAAUCAUUAAAAGUUUGUCAAGCUCACAUUUUUCAAUUAAAAUUUAAUUAAUAUGUUUUUGACAAUUACCUACCUACCAAAAAUCAGAUUUCAGCAACAAAAAUUUCACAUAAGGUACACAAAAGAUUUUAUCUUCAUUUAGACUGGGUGUGCGGUGUGCCUCAUCUAUUCUUUUUCCUUGAUUAUGGCACAAAACACGUUUUAAUCAACCCUUUGCUGUCUUUUUUUUUUCAUAUUUUUAUGUUCAACUAUACGUUGGAAAUAAACAGUGCUCAAGACUGAUAAACACUCGAUUCGGAAUUUUCCAUAAAAAGCAGGAUUCAUGAUUGAGCACGGCGAACGUGUCUAGGCAUUUUAAGUAGAGAGAUAUCCAGCAUCGAUAAUUUCAUUAAAUAUAAAUCCCUCCAGGAUUAGAGAAAGUGGAAACAUGUUAAUGUUAUCGGAAUUAGGAGAACGAUAUUUUUGAAAGGAUGAAAAGCAUAAAAAAGCAUGGGGAAAAGUCACGAGUUGCUUGUUUGCAAACCAAUGUAAUGUUUCUCCAAUGACCACAAGCACUGUGAUUUAAAUCCUUUAAACAUACUGAUCAAAACAAGUUCUUUUGGGUUUAUGUAAAAAGGUUAUAUAUAUUUGAAAAUUUUAAUGAUGUUUUUAGAGAUGAACAGUUUUUCAAUACCUCGAAAUAUAAGGUUUACAGCCUCAAGUUCAAAAUCUGAAUGCUUCUUUCUAAUCUUCUUCUACAGCAAGAAGGCGGCAAAGAUCCUAGGUAAAUAAAAGGGGAGUUUCUCACGACAUUCUUAAAAGAACCUAAUGUUACACAUUUAUUUAUUACAAUGUUACUUUCGAAAGUUUGCACAAUAAUAAACUUAAAACCUAUUUGGGCAUUUACAAGGGUCGUCUCGGCGGGAGGAGAAAAUCAUGAUUUUCUGAAUUUAUAUAAAAUAGGUACGUGAAAGGGUGUUAUUUUUUUAUGAAGCUAGACUGAUGUUCUCUAAUUCUUGUUGAAUGUGUGUCUCGAUUUGUCCAAUUAUACUUUCGGACAAGUUACACAUUCUAAUAGGUAGACUCCUGAUUUGGAUAGUUUGUUCAAUCUAAAUUUGUUGUUUUUAAUGAGUUUACCCAAGUUGUGAUUGGUUCAGUCAUUUUUCAGAAAUAGUAUGUAAUAGAUUUAUAUUCUUGGUCGGAUAUACAUAUUCUUGGAUGAUGAAUAGGCUAAGUUGAGUGCCAUCUGAAUCAUCUGAUAACGUUUUUUUUUUAACUAAAUCAUCAAAGAAACUAACAAUUCGUUCUUGACUGCAACCUGUUUAAUAAAAUUGAUGAAUUCGCGAUCCUCUAAUUCGCUAGUAAAUUGGAUUUUAGGGAUAAAUGACAUUAAUUUAACUGCCUAUCAGUCUCUGAAAAACAAGUACAUCAAUAACAUAUCGAUGCCAAUAAAGAAAUCUUCGACCUAAUAGAGAGUUAAAUAUAUUUUUUCCAAACCAUCCAUAAGAAUUUCGUUCAGUAAAGGACACAGACCUAUCAAUUUUACCAGACAGAGGUAAAUAAUACGAAAACUCCAUUAGAUAAAAAAAAAGACGUAGCAACGCUCAUUGCGCAAGACGUACUAACUCAUGUCGGACUUACGUAUAGCAAUCCGUCCUUGUUAUUUGCACGGGAUAAAAAGGGAAGGAGGAAUUAUAUCAAUCCUUAUUUUAUCCUUGUCAGUCCACGGGCAAUGGAUAAGGACAAGGAAAUCACACCUGUACCAAAUAGCCAAUUUAAAGGCAUUGCCACGUGUUGGGCGCGCAUACAUGUAAAAAUAGAUGGGUCAGUUCCUGAGUUCUGUCGAAAUGAGAGUGGAUAGUCGAGUUCGGUUAAUCCUCAGCGAGCAGAAAGAUUACAGGCCCACGUGAUCAGAGUCUAAACUUCAAAUCGAAGAUCACAAUGGCUUCUGCCAACAGUGUAAUUUUUUAGCGCCGUAGGUUAACACAUGAAGGACACACUGGUUGAAGAACUUUCUCUUCAAACAGUUUGGAAUGUUGGCAUUUCGAGUGUUGCUCAAUCUUCCAAAGGUUGCCCAACUUAAGCCGACUGUUCGCGCUAUCUCUCAGAUUUAGCUAUCUCUGCCUAUAAGAAUCUCAUGUCUCAGAUACUUAUAUGUGUUUACUUGAUAUAUAUGAUUCGCAUGUAUUCCAAAAGUUUAGGACAUAACAUCACCCUGCCCUAUACACCGUUCAAUGGGUAAAUCAUCCUGAAGGCUUAUAGUCUUGCAGUUUUAUACAAGCUUUGGCAUCUUGAAAUACGUUUUUACUUAUAUUAACGUACCAUCGUCACCAAAAGUAUCUGGGACACAUAUAAUGCAUAAUAAUCUCCUGGACUAAUUCUAUUGUCAUUCAUUUCAAUGCAUUUGAUUCAUAGUUUGACAAAUAUUUGACAAUAAAAUUCAUAUAAUAGGACAAGAGCUAAUGUGAUGCUGUCCCAGUUACUUUUGGUGACGAUGGUACCUGCUGUGAUGUAAUCUAUAUGGUAUUUUGUUACUGUGCACAGCAUUUGUUGUUGCUCGAUAGUCACUUGUUUGUGCCAAACCCUUAUCGGAAGCUGCUUGCUCGUGCUCGUGUGGUUAGUAAAUUUAAAAAUAACUUUAUAGAUAAGAAAGCAAGCUUAUAGGAUGAUAGUUUUUUAGGUUUGUUAUGUCACCUUUCUUAUGCAUGAUUAUUAUUAAUGCUCGAUUCCUCAAUCCACUGAUGUGUUGUUCCAUUUAUCAAGCAUGCGUUGUGAAGCUUGCAGAGCAUUUUAUGUAGUAGAGUUUCAUCUGGAUUUGUAGAUUUCGCUCAGGGCUGCUCUAAAUUCAUCUACGGUUAUAUCUGAAAUGUCUUUAGAUCCUUGAUCUAUUACUGUUGGUAUAAUGAUGUUGCUAACGUUUUCUUUCGCUGUCGUGUUGCUGUGGAGCUCUUGGUGAAAAGCCCCGACCACAUUUAGAAUCUCGUCUUUGUUUGAUGUUAUUCGACCCUCUUGUUUCUUAACUUAGUUAUACGUUCUUUCUGCCUUCCGUAGUGUUCUUCUAAUUGACUUCAGAACCCUGUUUUCCUCUAUCAUACUCUUGUUAGUUCUCUCGUGUUAAACGAUCUUAUUUUGAGGGUCAUUAUUCUCG